GCUCCUACUUAUGAGUCAUAUACCCCUUCCUCUUCUUCAUCCUCUUCCAUCUACGGCGGCACAUCCUCAUAUCCACCACCAUGCAAGGUAUGGGUAGACCCCAAGAACUUGGCCGACUGUGGGGAUGCAUCUCAGAUACAGGGCAAUGUAUCCCCCUACGUUAAGCAACUCAUCCUCAACACGUUCAUUGCAUACGGCGCUGGUGACGAGCACUGUUUUGGUCAUUCUGUUUCCAAGGCAGUGAAGUUCAUCGACAUCAGUGCCCACGAAAGCCACAAAAAACAAGGUCGUAUGGAGGCAACGACUAUUGCAGAAGUUAUUGUUUCAAAAAGCAUGUUGAAUGGCGUGGGAAUGCUCCAUGGAGGAUGUCUGGCGUUUUUGAUUGACAACACUCCCUUGGUCGCUCUGGGACUCCUACAAAACAUGACUGGAGUGGGAGUCACUCAGUCGAUGAACAUCAUCUUCCACCCCCCUGUAUCAAUUGGGUCGUGUUUGCAUAUCAUCAGCACUUCAAUCGCUAUGGGCGGCCGCAUUAUGAGCGCUCGAUGCGAGGUUUGUUUUCUUGGUCAAUUAAUUGACGAUUGA